AAAGAACUCAGCACAGCAGCUGUAAGCAACAUAAUACACAAAGCUUACAGACUAGCAGGGACCUCAGAAUUGAAGGUGGCACUCUUUAAAGCGAUCAGCACUGUGUACACACCCUUGUUUAGUCAAUCUUUUACCAAGUGCAGAAGCAAAGACAUUUUAAAGGGAACUAUUAAUCUCUGUAAAAUAAAAAAAAUUAGUAAAGCUAGAUCUAUUUAUGCUUGCACCGAUCUCCACUGAGUUCACAAAGACCAACAAGUGGUGGAUGACACUAUGAAGCCUGAAAGAUUGUCCAACUAUUCCCCCAAGGGUCCUACCAGCAGUCUCCUGGGGAUAAUAAGCACAAGUACUUAUGCUCACUAAAACUGACUGACCGCAUCAGCUAACUGGCAGGAUACUUGGUCCUGGCUUCCAACCAUUGUCAAUCUGUGUGACAACUGUCUGCACCUUCACUUUUCAAGAGCAGAUAAAGUAGCCAGGACUUGCAAACACAAACAUAAAAGAAACUUUCCUAUAAGCAAAUUAGAUGCUGCAACCAAAUCACAAUGAGAUACGACUGACUUUGCCACUUGACCUCUGAGAAUUCAUUGCCAUUGUCACCCUAAGAAAGAAGGCAGAGGAGAAGGAGAAAAUGAACAGCACAUGCAUCGAAGAACAGCACGACCUGGAUCACUUUUUGUUCCCCAUUGUUUAUUUCAUUGUGGUCCUAAUUGGAGUGCCUGCCAACAUCGGGUCUCUCUGUGUGUCUUGUCUGCAAGCAAAGAAGGGAAAUGAGUUAGGAGUUUACCUCUUCAGCUUAUCCCUGUCAGACCUGCUGUACGCACUGACACUCCCUCUUUGGAUUGUUUAUACUUGGAACAAAGACAACUGGACUUUCUCUCCCGCCCUGUGCAAGGGCAGUGCCUUCUUCAUGUUCAUGAACUUUUACAGCAGCGCAGCCUUCCUCACCAGCAUCGCUGUUGACCGCUUCUUGGCAGUUGUCUACCCUCUCCAGUUCAUGUUUCUGAGGACCAGACGCUUCGCCUUCUUAGUCAGCCUGUGCCUCUGGAUACUAGAGACCAUCAUCAACGGUAUCAUCCUGCUGGAAGAUGAAACGGCUACAGAAUAUUGCCAAGCCCAGAAGUUCACUUUGUGCUAUGACAAAUACCCUUUGGAGAAAUGGCAGAUCAGGCACAACUUGAUCAGGACGUGCACCGGCUACGCCAUCCCUCUGCUCAUCAUUGUGAUUUGCAACCAGAAAGUCUACCGGGCCGUGAGACACAACCAAGCCACGGAGAACAGCGAGAAGAGGAGAAUUGUGAAACUGCUGGUCAGUAUCACAGUCACCUUUGUCUUGUGUUUCACUCCCUUUCACGUUAUGCUCGUGGUCCGCAGCAUUCUGGAACACGAUGGGCACCUUGUUGGACGUGUGUUUGAACACAGCCAGUCUGGGAGACAGACUUACAAGAUCUAUAGGAUCACAGUGGCUUUAACGAGCUUGAAUUGCGUUGCGGAUCCAUUUCUGUACUGUUUUGUGACUGAGACAGGCAGAGCUGAUAUGAGGAGUAUAUUAAGAUACUGCACUGGGAGGUUUAAUAAGUCCCCAAGGCAAAGGCAAACCGCACUCUCUAUGUCCAUAAAAGAUACUGUGGAGUUAGAUGUUCUAGAGUAGAACCAAGGACACAAUUUAAAUAGAUCCAGUUACAGCUUUCUAGCUACAUUUUAAGAAGUUCAAACACGGGGAGAGGUCUAAGUCCUAAAUGAGUCAACAACAUCAUCCUCUUCAGUAAGUCCAUUUUUAAAGAGCUCUGGAGAACUUCCUGACUUUCACUAAAUGAGUAUUAAAAAAUUUUAAUAUUUA